AUGCUCGCAGAAGUACUUCUGGUCCUAUCAGGCCACCCGUCGGCCUUCUUCGUCCCGGUCCCGUCCUCCUCCCCAAACACCCUUCACCUCGCCCCUUCGCUCGCCGAAUACCUCCAUCCAGGAGAGGUCGCCUCACUCAACUCGCUCGGCCAGCUAGCUCAUCGGUAUCAGCACAUCCGCAAAUGGGCGCUGGAUGUCCAAGAGCGGUCCAGGUUGGCGGUCCUGCUGGAGAACACGUCGAGGAAGGGGAAAGAGCGCGCCGACCUUAACUCGGUGGACGCGCAGACGCGGAGCGAGGGUGUGUACUUUGCUACACUCGCGGCGGGGAUAUUGGAGGUGUUGAGGGAGUAUGAGCUCCUCGUUGUUGAGACGGAAGCUAGGGUCUUGGCGGUAGAUCCAGGUCUGGUCCAGGACGGGAAAAACCACGUCCCCCUCUCGACCCUCGUCGCCACGUUUGACGGGUGGCAGCCGGUCCUCGCAUCCCUCUCCCAGCUACUCGGCACCUUAUCUUCCUCUCCAUCGCCCAGUCCGACUUGGACCCCCGGCCUGCUCAUCCGUCUCAUCGCCGAAUCGUGCGAUACGGGCAACCCACGCCUUCGGUCCAUCUACCUGGCCCUUCUCUCCGGCCUUCGGACCCUCUUCCUCACCCACCUGACCGCUUUCCUUCUAUUCGGCUUCGCGCCCUCCGUAGCCACCCCCGCCUCGCCUUCAAUCGGUAUUGACGCCGGCCCGGACCCGCUCAGCCCGCAACAUAGGGUCUAUCGCCUGAAUGCGGAUCUCGUUCCCCCGGGUAUAGGGCACCGGACGAGGGAGAGUAUACUGUAUGUGGGGAGAGUGGCGGCUACGCUCCAGAGGGAAGGGAGGGCGCUGCCUGUGGGGCUGGCAGCGGGGCUGAGGGAGGAGAUUAUGGGAGUCGAGGAUCUGGAGGAGGGUGGGGAGUUGGAUCGGGCGGUAUCGAGGGUACGAGCAGAAGUUGGCGAAUGGCUUUGGAAGAAUGUACUGACGGGACCUCAAGUCGCCGAGGCUAUCGAGAGUUUCGGCAACUACUUCCUCCUCCGCAAAGCCGACUUCUCCCUCUCGCUCAUCCGCGAAAUCCACCGUCUAUCACGCACCAAGCUCCUCACUUCUAAUCCCCGCUCCUCCACCUCCGUCAUCCGCGAUUCGGACCUCAACAACGCCCUCCUCCGCGCCAGUCUCGGCACAUCAGCCGAGACCGACUCGAACCUCGACAAGCUCAGCUUCAAGCUGGAGCACGGUCCUCUUCGGCCUAUCAUGCCUUCUCUUCAGGCUCGGAAACGGCCAGUCGUCGAGAGCCAAGCGCAAGCGGUACCACAGGGAGGAAGCCCAACUCGGGACCUCUUCUCUUCGGUCGUACUAGGCGCCCCGGUCGAAUUGCGGUAUCGUAUCGGAUGGCCGCUUGACCUGUUCAUGACGCCCUCGUCUAUCGCCGCGUAUUCGGAUAUACACGCCUACCUUUUCGCUCUGCGGGAUACGCAUACUAGGCUCGUCGAUGCCUGGGCGAGGCUGUCAGCGGCUCAUCGGCAAAGAUGUAAACGGGGCGAAAGGGUGGAAGAGGCUGGACGGGGCCUGAGUAAGGCCGUCUGGAAUACAGCCCGCACGAUGCUGUUCUUCCUAGAUCAGCUCCUGGGCCACUUCAUGAUCGACAUCAUCGACGUACAGCAUCAGCGGCUGCUGAAUGAUCUGGACGUCGUCGGACUCGCCGGGGCGGGCGAUCUGGCCAAAUCGCGCUCGGACGCUGGGACUUCGCCGGCCGCUUCGACGCGGAAAGGGCAGUCGGUCCGUCCAAGGUCGUCUAUACCGCGCUUCGACUCGGUCUCAAAGUCAUUGGCGGCUUCUGCACGGAGCGAAGCGGGCUCGUCGACUAGUGAUGGAUUCGACGCACAAUCGGUUAGGUCUAAAGCGCGCCCCCCAACCCCUCGACAGACACAAGCUACCUUCUUGGACUUUCUUUCCCUCAGGCAGAUGCACACUCGUCAUCUGGCAUUCCUGCGCGAUGGCCUCCUCCUCACCGACCCAGACCUCGCGGUAUCUGUCCAAGAUAUCAUCGAUACCUGCAAGCGCUUCGCCGUUCUUGUCGAUCGAUGGGGCGGAGAUGGGGUCCCGGAAGCGCUCGCGAGCGAAGGUGAAGAGUUGACGGUCGAAAGGACAAAGCAGAUGGUUGAGCUUGGGCAGGCAAGUCGACAAUCAGGAGUUACAUUCAAUGAGCAGCUAUCCGACUUCUUCCGCGCCCUUCUCGAGACUCAAAACCCCACGAUAUCGAAGGAUGACGCUUCAUCUACCGGGACAGCCGGGACAUCCUUUUCCAAAACCGCUCGGACGGUCCAGAUGUCCCGCUUGAUAUCAAGGCAACAGACCGGCUUUUCCAUGUCCGCUGCUCGUCGACCAGGAGCUAGCGGAGCUGGGGUCGGACAUCCGAAGUCCAAGGCUGAGGUCGAGAGGGAAGAGAAGGGGAUGGAGGCGGAAGCGGCGAUGAGUCGGCAUAUCGAGCAGUUACUCCUCCGGCUGGACCUCAAUGGUGUUAUGACGGGCUGGAUGGCGAAGGAGGAUGAGGGGGUUAGGACGCAGAAUGUGCUGGUGGAGGGCGGACUCUGA